UAUUAAAUUUUAGCUUUCUCAGUGUUUUCUUGAAUCAAGUCCUCUUAUAUACAAAUCCAUAGCUGCUCUUGCCUUCACGCAGAAGUUUGAGAAAAAUGGAUUUCAAAGCCCUCUCCAAGUCCUUGCUCUUCUUCUACUGGUACCUACGAACGAGACUUAGAAGUGCCCAUGCAACCCAAGUAAAAUUGUUCAAGUACCCUUCCGAGGACAAGCUCGCAUCAGGCCAAGUUCUAAUUUGUGAUGUGGAAGGAGGGCUUCUGAGGUCUUCCUCCACCUUCCCGUACUUCAUGCUUGUGGCCUUGGAAGGAGGGGGUUUCCUAAGGGGUUUUCUCCUCUUGCUUCUGUACCCUCUGGUCUGUCUUCUUAGCCAUGAGGUGGGGCUAAGGCUUACGGUCAUGGGGGCCUUUUGUGGGCUAAGGAAGGAUGGUUUUAGGGUAGGAAGGGCUGUGUUGCCGAAGUUCUUAUUAGAGGAUGUGGGGUUGGAAGGGUUUAAGGUCUUGAGGAGGGGAGGGAAGAGGGUGUGUGUCAGUAGCAUGCCGAGGGUGAUGGUGGAAGCGUUCUUGAAGGAGUAUAUGGAGGUGGAAGUGGUCUUGGGGAGAGAGCUGAAAGAGUUUGGUGGCUAUUACACUGGGUUGAUGGAGGAGGAGAAUAAGAUAUGGGAAGGCAUGUCUUUGAAGGAGUUGUUUGGAGGAGAGGGAGAGAUGAAAGCCGGUGUUAGUGGAUUCGGAGGCUAUCUCAACUCUUUUCAUCUCCGACUAUUCUCCCAUUGCAAGGAAGUAUACUUGGUUGGUGAAGCUGAGAAGAGAAGAUGGCAUCCCCUGCCAAGAUCAGCAUACCCUAAGCCGCUCAUAUUCCACGAUGGCAGGAUAGCCUUUAGGCCAACCCCAGCCUCCACCCUCUGCAUGUUCUUAUGGCUUCCCCUCGGCGUCGUCAUCGCCAUCUUCCGAGUCGUCAUCUUCAUGUUCUUCCCCUACAGCCUCUCCAUUCCUAUGGUUGCCUUCUUGGGCUUGUACUGCAGGGUCACCACCACCUCCUCCUCCUCCCCUCACCAUCGAGAGCUCGAGAAUUCCCGAAAAUCUCGCGGCCAGCUCUACGUGUGCAACCACCGCACCCUCGUCGAUCCCGUUUACAUCUCCGGCGCCCUCAAACGCCGCGUUACCGCCACCGUUUACAGUGUCAGCCGCAUCUCGGAGCUGAUCUCUCCCAUAAGAACCAUCAGGCUGACGAGGAACCGAGAGGCCGACAGGGAGAGAAUGGAGUCGCUGCUCAAAGAAGGAGACCUUGUGGUGUGCCCCGAAGGGACGACAUGCCGCGAGCCGUACCUCCUCCGGUUCAGCCCGUUGUUCACCGAGCUAAGCCACGAGGUCGUGCCGGUAGCGGUGAAGGUGCAUGUCAGGAUGUUCUACGGCACCACCGCGAGCGGAUUCAAGGGCUUGGAUCCGCUCUAUUUCCUUAUGAAUCCGUUCUCGUGCUAUGAUGUGGUGUUCAUGGAGAAGGUGGCCACUGGUUCUGUCGAUGGGAAGCAGUGCAGCAGUCGCGAGGUGGCUAACUAUGUGCAAGAGAAGAUAGGGAAGGUGUUGGGUUUUGAGUGCACAGCCCUCACAAGAAGGGAUAAGUAUUUGAUGCUUGCAGGUAACGAAGGGAUAUUCGAAUAGAGAAGCAAAAGGGAGAUGAUAUGAGAUCAUGGAUGGAUGCAUGCAUGCAAUGGGUCCUAUUCCUUUCCCGAAAAUAUUUGAGGGAGACUCUUAAGUGAGCUCAAGGGUAGAAAAGAUCUUGUUUCACGACACCUUUUGUUUCUCUUUCUAUAUAUACAUAUUGCGAUUUUAAGAGGCUUUGUUUUGUUU